UUUUUUACUAUUUAAGUAGAUCAAAAAUUAGUUUCUUACCUUCAUUAUUAGAAGUCUCUCAAUUAUUCUCUCCCUCCAUCGCUGUCAAAGUAUUCAAAAUGCGUAAUCGUGUGGGUCUACUUACAACAUCUGCUACAGCUUCCAUAAAUGUAAAUAAAUUCCUUCCUCGUUCAAUGGCCACUAUCAGCAAGAAUGCAACUUCCAAGAAGGAUUUUGUUGGCGCUCCGUGGCUGCAGCAACGGCAAUUGGUCAGUGCUCUAAAUCAGUUCCACUCCUCUGCCAAUUUGCUAAAGGAUGAUGACAACAACAAAGGAAAUAGUGGAGAUGGCUUUGUUUUGUUGGAUGGGGAUAAUCUUGGAGGAAUGUUUGCGUCUGAAUUGCCACCAAAGUCUGCUAGAGGAGGAUUGCCAAAAUGUACAAAAUGUGGAAGGCCUUUGAGAAGUUUGAGGAAUACAGUCAAUAUCAACAACAAUCUAUAUGAAUGUACAGACUGCAAUAUCUUCUACAGCCGUAGAGUCGGAGGUGGUGGUUCUUCUGCAGAUCAAACCUAUCAAAGCUUGUUACGAUCUCUUCAAUCUUUUGGCCCUCCUCAAACACCAAAAGAGAUCACUGCGUACCUAGACAAUUUUGUUGUUGGCCAGGAUGCGGCGAAGAGGGCGCUUUCUUUGGGAGUCUACGAACAUUACAUUCGUGUUUGGUCAAAUGAACAGCUUCAAUAUGUUUCUUCUCGAAAGACUACAGAAAUGCAACAAUCUACUGCUGCAUUUCAACAUGGCUUGAUCAGUAGACAAAACUCUAAUAUUGCACAUCUUCAAACUUCGUUCAGCCCAGACGGUUUUCUUUCAUUUUUUUGAUGGGGAAGUGGGUAUAGAUUGGAGAGAAAGGAGGACAUAAAUAUAGUAUUUUAAAGUUUUGGGCUUGGGAUAAAAAUAAUAUUUUUCGAUUGGGAGUAGGGUUGGGGUUCUCAAGCCUGGCCGAGUUCGAGUAAUUUUUUCCGGCCGGCCCGACCAAGUUUCACUAAAUUCAUUGCCCGACUCGAUCUUUCGGAUCGGGCUCUUAACCCUAAUUGGGAGGCAAUCAGGUCUAGCUUUGUUUUUUUG